GUUCCUAGUUAAAUCUGCUACACGCUACAGCAGAGAAAUAAGUGCAAAAGACCCAGCCAGAGAGAGCAAGCCACUUUUCUGCUUUCCGAAGAUUCUGCUUUCUGGCUUUUUCUGCCAGAUGGGGUCUAAAUUUAUGGAAGACUGAGGACAGAAAAAUCUGUUAUGCAAAUUUUACUUCAGCCAAAUAUAAUAAAACUACCGUGGAACCGCUCUGUGAUCUGCAGUGAAGGACAGCUUUCAAGCAAAACUUUAUCAAUUAAAUAUGAUGGGGUGUAUACAUCUGAUCUUCCUAUCUACCUUCCUCUCGGUUUCCAUGACAUCUGAAACAUUUGAUGCAAUGGAAGGUGAGGCUUUAGUCAUAAAAUGUCCCCGAUGGAGUUCUUCUGUGAAAGUGACCUGGUAUCACACAGAUACUAACGAAAUAAUUCCUGCAGAAGAAGAAGGAUCACGAAUAUUUUCCUUAAAUAGAUUUCUUUGGUUUCUGCCAACUUCUAGAGAGGAUUCUGGAAACUACACGUGUAUUGUACAUUUUUCAAAUAAUCGCACAAAAUCGUUCGACAUGAGUGUGCAGGUGCAUCCAUACAAGCAAGGAGUAUGUUUCCCAAGUCAGAUUCGUUACCCAAAUGAGACUGGAAGAGGAAGAAUUGUUUGUCCUACAAUUGAUAAUUACAAGAAUGCUACUAUCAUCCAGUGGUAUAAGGACUGCAAACCUAUUCAGGGAGAGAGAUACCUCAAGGAAGAAAAAUAUGUUUUUAUUAAAAACCCAAGAGAGGAGGAUGAUGGUUAUUACACUUGUCAAUUUACCUACACUCAUAAAGGAAAUGUGUUUAAUGUAUCAGCAACAAGGAUUUUCGUAAGUGAGGCAAAACACUCGCCUCUACCUCCUCAAAUUUUAUUUCCAAAAGAUAAAGAUAUAAUAGAAGUGGAGCUUGGUGCUGCUUUGUCUCUGAAAUGUCGGGCCCGCUUGGGGAUUAAGAAACCACCAGUGGCUGCUGUUGCAUGGGAUGUGGAUAAUAUCCAGGUGAAAUACUUAGAUUUUUCAAGAUUUCACGAAAAAACUAAUUUUUUUGAAGGACGUGUGCAAGAAUAUUACAGAGAGACCACCUUGCACAUUACUGAAAUAAAAAAAGAGGACUUGCAAGCAAAUUUCACGUGUGUAGCGGUGAACGAAAUGCAAAACACAAAGGCCACGGUGACGUUACGACUCAAAGCACAAAGUGAAAUGGAUCUUCCUGACAUCCUCUUGAUUGCAGGAUCUCUAGUUCUGCUAGUUGCAAUAGCAGUUUGUGUUAUACUUUAUCAGUCCUUCCGAGUUGAUAUCGUCCUAUUGUAUCGGGAGAUAUUUCAGCCCUACUCGGUCAAGGAUGAUGGGAAGAUAUACGAUGCAUAUGUUAUCUACCCCAGAAGCCACACCAGUGAAGCUAAUUUUGUGGAAUAUUUUGUUUACCAGAUCAUGCCAGAUAUUCUAGAAAAUAAAUGUGGAUAUAAACUGUGUAUUUAUGGGAGAGAUAUAUAUCCCGGAGAAGAUACAGCCAGUGCAAUUGAGAAGAGGAUGCAGAAGAGCAGACGGCUGAUCAUCCUUCUAACACACCAGCUGAUUAAUUGUAAAGAACCUGCAUACGAUCAACACAUUGCCUUAUACAAUGCCCUCAUUCAAAACGAUACAAAGGUGAUCCUGCUGGAAAUGGAGACAAUCGGGACUUACGAGAAACUUCAGGACUCUCUUCGGUUUAUUAUUAAGAAGCAAGGUACCAUCAAAUGGAAAGAGCAGCACACUGUGCACCCACAGUCAUCCAGUUCUAAGUUCUGGAAGCACGUGAGGUACCACAUGCCUCCGACACUCAAGUCCUCCUACUCGCCUAAUGCCAGGUGAAUAGUGAGCCUAGGAAAAUACUGGUAUGCUAUCAGGAUGAACCACAUGCCUGCAGCACCUUCUCCUUUCAGUAGGUACAUGAUUUUACAGUCUGGAAGUCUGGCUGUAUUUCUGAACUUUUUUCAGCCCUUCAGUUGAAUAACAAGAAGGUAAACAAGAAGGAGGAGGUCUGGGGAACUGAGGGAAGUUUUUAUAGGUAUGGGAGUUCGGAAAAUAAAUCAUUCUAGACUGUAUACAGAGUUUUGCAUGUCACAGGAAACAAAAUAUACCUAUACUCUUUCUGUAUAUACUCAUACAAAUUACUGAAAGUUUUGAUUCUGAAUACCUCAAUGUUCUGCUGGUUUGCUUUAACUUUCUAAAGCAACUGUUCAAAGAUAAAUGCCUUCUGUACUAUUCAAUUAGAAAACAUAAUGUGUAUUAUUCAACUAGAAAGUAUAACAUUAUGCUUUUGUUCAUUUUUUCCGCCACUUAACUCCUUUUUGAUCCUAUUGUAAUACUCAUACUAUGAAAUGUUAUUCUUUCUUAGUAGGGAUGCCUCACUAAAGGCUCUUUUGACACUGAUGUGAAUAUGGCAUUUUUUUAAAAAAUGCAGUGUUAAAGGAAAUAAAUAUGCACUGAUACAUAUUUAUGCGCAGUUUAGUAUUUUUAAUAUAUAUAUUUAAAUUAAUCUCACACAGAGUCAAAAUUUAAGUCUCUCAAGUACAACAGACCAUGCUGUCACUAUUGAUAUUAUCUCCAGAUAGAAUUAACAUUUUAAAAUGUAAUUUUUUUUUUCUGUACACUGAUAGCAUUCUUGUAAGCUACUGAAAGAGAUUUACUGCAUUUUUAUAACAGCCACUAUCCAUUUUUUUUCUGUUUUGACCUUUUGCCUACUUUCUUCUGAUAGAGAAUGCCUUGAGAUACAAAGGACAGAACCAAAUCUCGUUCUAGUUUAGGGGUGUAUGAACAAAAUGUUUUCUAGUACAAAUAUCUUUGCAAACUUUAAUGUCUUUAGCUUCUUAAAACCAGGAAUUUUCUUACUGUUGGGAAGGCUUGGUUUUGAGCUUCAGGCUUGCUACAGAGAUGGACUUAAAAAGUAAAAAUUAGAUGUAGAGCAUCUAAAGUUACCAAGGUCAGUCUUAUAGAGCAGGCAAGUAAUUUCCUUUUACUGUAAGUUUUCACUGAAUGUGGGUCUUCAGACUUAUGGUUGGCUAUUUGGAGUGGGAAAAAUGUGUAUGCAAUAUAUGUACAGAUUUUUUUACUUUAAAUUAAAA